AUGGCGACUAAAGUUCUCCUUUUAAUCCUCGCCGGAGCCCUUGUUUGUGCCGCAAAUGCUAGUCCGGGCAGUGAGGGAUUGGAGAAGAAAGGUAUCAAUGAGGAACAGAAAAGUUUCUUCCACUACAAAUAUGGCUUUCCUCCCUUCUUCGGGAAUGUAGGUGGUGGAGGAGGAGGAUCUGGGUUCGCCGGAGGGCCGAGUUUCACCGGAGGUCUUGGUGGCGGUAUGGGCGGCAGUGGCGGCAUGGGCGGCGGCGGGGGGUUUCCUACCCUAGACAUCGGCGGUGGUGCAUCGGGCUUUGAUCAACCCGGAUCCGUGGGUGGGUUCGGGUCUAGCUUCGGAGGAGGGUUUGGCGGUGGUUCCUCGGGUUUCGGUGCUGGACCUGGGUUUGGCCUUCCCGGUGGCUCAUCUGGCUUUGAAGCCGGAGUAGGUGGGACCGAAAUGGGGUCUAACUAUGGAGGGUUUUCUGGAGGCUCAUCAUCGCCGUUUGACGCUAUAGGUGGAGGUCCCGCAGGCCCAUUUGGGACUAGACUUGAUGCGGGCCCUGGAGGUGCCGCCGCCGGAGGCAGCAAUGCCGGUAGUAGUGUGCCCCCUGCGGAAAUUAUUGGCAACGGCGUGUAG